GUGCGGUCCACAACGUCAGUUGACCACCAUGCUGGUUGCACGCUCUCUGCGUCGUAGUGCUGCCGUCUUCCACGUUCGCAAUGUGCCUUCAAGCUCCGAGUCAUAUCGUGCUGCAGCUCCAGUGUCGUCCGCGCGGUUUUUCUCCUCUGAACGUCACAAUACAAAGCUCCCGCGGGUGGUAUCGGAGCAAACGCUGUUCGAGAACCCGUGGAUCCGCCUCAAGCGCAUCUUGUUUCUGGACGCCCACGGCUCCGAGCGGCAUUGGACGGGGCUUGAGCGCACUACGACCUAUCCGAAGACUUCAUCUGAAGGUGUUACAGGCUCCACAGAGUCGGCAGAAGCUCAGGAACAGGACACACAGGAAAUAUGCGACGCAGUGGUGGUAUUCCCGUUCCUGACCAAGCAAGGAGCUCCGACUCGCGUCGUGCUGAUCCGCCAGUUCCGACCACCAGUGGGUCAGUGGGUCCUGGAGCUCCCGGCUGGGCUUAUUGACGCAAAAGAAGUACCAGAAGUGGCUGCUAUGCGAGAACUUAAAGAGGAGACUGGCUACGUCGGCUCGCGUGUGCUGCACAUGGGCCCGCCAAUGGUGAACGAUCAAGGCGUAACAAAUGGAAAAUGCAGACUCUUGCUGGUGGAAAUACGCGAUGAAGAGCAGCAGUCUCCACUGAAGCAGCAGUUAGAACCAGACGAGAUAAUUCACGUUGUACACGCGCCGCUGGAAGGUCUUGUGGACUGGCUAGAGGCUCGCAAACUCCGUGAGAAGGAUGCUAUCGACGCCAGACUAUACUCGUACGCGCUGGGCCUUCACGCAUUACCCCGCGGACUCGGGAACAGUGCUAACUAGACUUUCGUAGAUCAAGUUCAAUAGAUAGUUAUUCUCCACACG